AUGGCGUUGCUCUUGUUGUCUUUCUUGGCCAUCUCAUGCUUCGGCAGAGUGGUCCAUGGAGACCCCGUCGUGCCCUGCUACUUCAUUUUUGGGGACUCGCUGGCCGACAAUGGCAACAACAAUAAUCUUCAAACCUCGGCCAAAGUCAAUUACGCGCCGUACGGGAUCGACCUUCCCAGCAUCGGGCCGUCGGGACGGUUCACCAAUGCUCGAACCAUGGUCGAUUUCAUCACUCAAUCCCUAGGGUUCACGGAUCUCAUUUUGCCUCACGCGACUGCGUCCGGGAACGAUCUCCUGAGAGGCGUGAACUACGCAUCGGGUGGAUCGGGCAUUCGUCCAGACACGGGAUCGAACCUGGGCGCUCACAUCAGCUUGGAUGACCAGCUGCAAAAUCACCAAAAUGUGAUCAAAGCCAUCGUUGCUAUAGUCGGAGAGGCUAAAGCCACGCAGCUGCUAAAUAGCUGCUUGUACACCGUCGGAUUGGGAAGCAACGACUACAUCAACAACUACUUUAUCAGCGGAAGCUCAACGAGUCAGAACACUCCGGAGCAGUAUGCCUCGCUCCUCAUCGACCAGUACUCCUCGCAAUUAAAGGCUCUACAUGGUUUUGGAGCGAGAAAGAUUGCAUUGUUUGGGCUGGGGCAAAUUGGAUGCACCCCCUUUGCGAUUGCAUCAGGUGGGAAAAACGCAUGCGUACAAGAGAUGAACUCUGCAGCCAAACUCUUCAACGACAAGCUCUACCCACUCGUGGAUCAGCUCAACAGCGCCUUCACCGGUGCCAAGUUCAUUCUUGUGAACGUCAUGGGAAUGUCGGCAAGUUCGACAAACGCGAUCACGGUACUAGGAACCUCGUGCUGCCCGACGGGUCAGACCGGGCUGUGCAUGCCGAACUCCACGCCGUGCCCUGAUCGGAGUACAUAUGCGUUUUUCGAUGGAUUCCAUCCGACGGAAGUCGUCAAUCAAGGACUUGCAGGAAGAGCGUACCACGCAAGUUCCACGACAGAUACUUAUCCUACUGAUAUCUCCCACCUGCUCAAUCCCUCGGCUUUGCGGAUUUUAUUUUGCCCCAAAGCAACCGCGAGCAGGUCUGACUUACCGAGAGGCGUGAACUACGCAUCGGCUUCAUCUGGCGCCGGCAUCCGCGCAACACGGGGUUCGAACCUGGGUGAUCAGAUCAGCCUCAAUAAGCAGCUCGAGAAUCACCGGAAUGUGAUCAAUUCCAUCAAUUCUUCUCUCGGAGAUCCGAACGAGACCACGCAGCUGUUGAACAGCUGCUUGUACAGCAUCGGAGUGGGAAACAACGACUACAUCAACGAUUACUUCGCCUCCGGGAACAGAAGCGGCGAGUACACUCUGGAACAGCUCGCCUCGCUUCUUAUCAACGAAUACACCUUUCAACUACAGACUUUGCACGGCUACAGAGCGAGGUAA